GAACACUCACAUCCCACAUGAACUAUUGGUUCUUAAAGAUUAUUCAAUAUAUAAAAAUGUAAACUGGAAUAACAAGAAGAAGAAGAAACGGGUGAAGGAGUAUGAUCAAAUUGAUGGAGUUUUUAACUUGUUAAAAUGAAAAACAUGCUUAUUCGCAGUCAGCACCCAAGUUGUUUUCGAGCUCGAGCUGUCAGCCGCUGAAUGGCCAGACGACGGACUUUGUUUUGACACGUAUUUUCCCCUUGAAAAUCGCGUCAAAAUGAAUAAAUUCUCAAUUUCAUUGUUUGGGCUACUGUGUGCAUUGGUAUAUUCCUCUGCUGAAUUUACCGCUGAAGAUUGCUGGUCAUUAGGGCUUAACAAAGCUAAUUUGUUGUGUUCAUCUUGUGACCAGCUUGGUAAAUAUGGACUUAAUGAUUUAAAGGACCAUUGCAAACAGUGUUGCCAUAAGGAUGAAAAUGCUGAUGCUGUUAAGCGAUAUCCAAAAGCACGUUUGGAAGUUUGCACCUGCAAAUUUGGAGCAUACCCUCAAAUUCAAGCUUUUGUAAAAAGUGAUAAACCUGAUAAGUUUCCCAAUUUAAAUAUCCGAUAUGUGAGAGGUCUGGACCCCGUCAUCAAACUGCUUGAUGAAGAUGGCAAUAUUCAAGAGGUGCUAGCAAUUGAGAAGUGGGACACAGAUACUGUUGAAGAAUUCCUUCGAACCCACUUGAUACCUCCAGAAGAACUUGAGAAAAAUGAUAAAACUGAUUACUUGAAAACCAAUAUGGUUUAAAUCUGUGAUUCCAAACUAGUAUGUACUGUGAUUCUUUGAGAUUACGCCAAUAUUCACAAGUUUGCAAAUGCAACAUAUUGGUAGGGGCAACUGACGGGUAUUAAUGUUUUUGUAAAACCACGAUGCUGAUUGAAUUAGUUCCUGUGAAGCUGAAGACACCUUGUUAUUUUUGUUGAGUAAUCUGGUUGGCCGAAUGCGAACAGAAGCCAGCUUUAAGCUAGUUUCAACCAAUCAGGUAAUCCGAAACAAGUGAUGGGAUGGUUUCAGUUUUACUGACAUUAAGUUAAUGAGUUUGAUUGAAUGUUCUUGAUUGUUCAACACAUUUAUAGCUAAGAAGUGUUUUCUGUUCUAUUUACUUUCCCAUACUGAUAGCAUGUGACUUCAUGUCAGAUUUGCAGGCCAAUGGCAGUGUGACAGAGAUGAACUCUGACACAAUUGAAUUAAAGUGACUGACCUACAAUGCACUAGAAGGGUUUCUCAGGAGGACACCACCUCGCCGCCACUGUCAAGGCAGCACAAAAGGUACUUGGUAAAAUCAGACAAGGAUAUUUGAAGCCAAAUCAAUAUGUUUAUUAAGUAAUGCUAUAUAAAAUUCAUUUGAAAAUUUGUGAAAAUCGGAAUGACAUGAACAGUACAAAAUAAAAAAAUACAGGUAAUAGGUAUUGAUGCAGUACUAAAUAAAUAUAUUGAACUGACAAAGAGGACUUAUUCGUAGACCCAGGAAGUGGCGGCAGGCUUC